AUGAGGCGUCGCAUUGGCCGAACAGCCGAAUCUGUUAUCGUGUCACGGAACUGUGGCAAAUAUUUGUGCGAUGUGGCAUCGCAUCACCUCGCCUACUUGCUUUUGUUGCUUUUUCUGUUUUCCAAACGUAUGGCUCUCAGCGAGGACCCUUCGAGUCUUCUGAAAUACAUCUGUGGUCCGCAAUCGACUCUGUUCUCAUAA